AUGGGCGAUAUCCGCGGCUCCGACAGAGACAGCAAUGUUAUUGCCCUUGUUGAGGCUAUCCUUGGCCACAAGAUUGAUAGCUUGCCCGGUUCUUCAUCCCAGAGUACCAUAGAGGAUUAUGAAGACCUCGUCGACAUGAACAAGGACCACGAAUUCAGCAAGGAAGGCCCUAAGCCCGACGCCCCACCUAAGAACCCUUGCGUCGGUGCUGUCAAUCCGUACGCCUUGGCUGAGGCUCUGAUCGGCCGCAGGAUCGACCGUCAUUCGAUGGUCGCUGCCCAAAUUCUCCAAAAUGUUCUCCAGACCGACUACGAUGAGCUCUUUGACAUGCGUCACCACUCCGUUCUCUUCGCCGGUAUGAGGCUGAACGAGAAGGAGAGGAAGGCUGAGAUGUUUGACGAGAAGGACAUGAAGAUCCUCAACGAGCGGGAUCUCAUGACUCCCGACUUCUCUGGAGUCCGCAAACUGGAUGACCUCGAGAAGGUCGGACUCAAGGACCUCAAGGAGGCCAAGGUUAAGAUGGCCCGUAUGAAGAACGGCAAACUUCGCCUUGUUCUCCACGCCCACGAGCUUGGCCAGACUGUCUCCAACCGCCAGGUCACCAUGUCCAUCAACGAACUGGUCACCCCCUUCAGAAUGGAGAAGGGCCGCUGGCAGCCACCCAACGCGUCGUGGCGUGACAUGUACGACUAUUUCUUCCAGAGUGUUAACAAACGCCUGAUCUCCGACAUCACCAUGUACCAGCUUGGCGACCGCCGUGAGACCAACCGCCAGUUUGACGACCCCACCCAGGGCUGCUCCAGCAACAGCUGGUUCGUCUCUGCUCUCUUCUCCGUGUUCUGGUCUGACCCCAGCGCCAUCAACCGGGCUACCCGCGUCCACACCCAAGGCAACGAGAAGAAGCGCUUCUUGUCCAUCAAGUUCCACGACAAGGGCGGCAAGCAAAACAACAAGACUGAGACUAUUGAUGUUAACUACGAGAUCCCCAUUAACAACUCCGACAACGAGCCUCUCUACUGCCGCUCCAGCGACGGUGCCGAUAUCUGGCCCUCACUUUACGAGAAGGCAUUCGCCAAAUGGAUCACUGGCUCCAAUUCUGAGCAGCCGGAUAUCACCCAGACUCACUGCGGUGACCCCAUCAAGGCUAUGGCGCAGAUCAACGGCCGCACACCUCAAUACUACAACUGCGACAACCACUCUUCCCAAACCCUCCUGGGUUUGGUCCGUGCCAACAGCGUCAACAACAAGACCAUCAAUCCCAUGGCGGCCUACACUUAUGCCACCGGUCGCGAGUUCCACGGCGCCAACCUCGUUGCUAACCACGCCUACUCCGUCCUGGGCUACUGCGUCAUCGGCGACAAGCAAUAUAUCGUCCUCCGCAACCCGUGGGGUGUCACUGAGGCCCAAGGUCUCACCGGCUACACCGGUCUCCUCGGCCGUCUCGAGCCCGAGAUCUGGAACCCUGCCACCCUCCUCGACCACGGCGGUCUCUUUGCUCUCGAGGCUGAGUCUUUCAAGCGAUGCUUCUCCUGCAUCGGUGUUGCCAAGUAA